CUACUUUCGUUUGAUAAACAUGGCUAGGUCCGACAUUAAGUAUUGCUGUUGUUAUAAGUGUUCAUUAACUCAUUUUCUCAUUGUGUUCAUCCUGAUUACUAAUCAUGUUAAUGGUGGUCGCAUUCCUGUGAAUAUGAAAAGUCGUCGCGUGCCAUCAGAUAUGAGCGUUUAUGCGAGUGAGGAGUCUCCGGAAAUGACGAGGAAGGAUAUAGUUGAAAUGAUUCAUAAGAGCCAAUAUUUUCAGGACAUUUUCUCGGAACAACCGGACCCUAUGAUCAUACAAUUUGGACAUGUGUGCGAGAAUCCGACCGAGUGGGAGCAGCGAUUCGAGCAGAGAGAUUUUAACAGCAACCACUACCAAGGGAAGAUGAGGUGGGGCAACAGAAAUGGUGAUUACGGAGAGCAUUAUUGGGAUCUGGGCCACGCUGGAUAAAAAUACUCACUGCGCG